AUGUUGAGUUCUCAUUUUAUCCAAGUACCUCGGGAUCCACGGACCAUUUUUGCUGUAAGAUCCCAUUCCAAACUGAUUCAAGCCCAUAAACGGCCAUCUCGACUACUUCAUUCAUGUCGCCUGUGCGUAUCUGUGGUGUAUAAUUCGAUCUGGUCGUUUCGACGUCGACCCUCACUCCCCAGACGCAUCGGACAACUGUACUCAUUGGAAGAAAUCCUUGGAUAA